CAAACCUUGGUGGCUACAUGCAAGUCGCCUUUUUCUCUUUCUCUCUCUGUCUUACUGUCUACCUCUCUCUCUCUCUCCAUAAAUAUAGUAUAUAUAUACAUGGACUCAUACCAACAAUUAUGGGUGAAUUAAGACUUCAACACUUGUAAACCCCUCUUCAUUUCUCCCUCCUCACCUACACCUCACAAUAAUACCUUACUUCUCUUUGUCUCUCUGAACACUCCGAACCUUCAUUCUUACUGGGAUACGAUCGGACUAUCCAUUUCAAGAUUUCAUUAUCACCACCGCAAUGGCUGAACUCUCUCGGAAAAUGAGCAAACGAAACAGAGAAUCUGAUAACAAAAACAACAGUCAGCAUCCGGUUUACCGAGGGGUUCGUAUGCGGGCAUGGGGCAAAUGGGUAUCUGAGAUCCGAGAACCCAAAAAGAAGUCUCGGAUCUGGCUUGGCACCUUUUCUGACCCAGAAAUGGCGGCGCGUGCACACGACGUGGCUGCACUCUCUAUAAAAGGCUCGUCGGCGAUCCUUAACUUCCCGGAGCUCGCCGGAGUUUUACCACGACCGGACUCUUGCUCUCCUCGUGAUGUCCAAGCGGCAGCCACCAAAGCCGCAGCUAUGACCCAUCUUAACCCAAUCACCACCACAACAACAACCCCAUCAACACCCUCCACGUCAUCUUCCUCGUCGUACUCUGCUGUCUCCACAUUAACUUCGGCUUCUGAGGAGGUGUCGACAAUGCCGCCACCGGCGGAGGAACUAGACGCGAUUGUUGAACUACCGUGUUUGAGUGAGAGUUAUUGUUCGGGUGAGUCAAGGAACGAUUACGUGUUUGUGGACUCAGGGUGGGACUACUACUCAUUAUCUACACCGUGGCCGGCGGAGUGCGAUGGUGGAUAUUUCCCCGGGGAGCCGUUGUCUAUAUUACCUUCUACUUCCUCUGGCACAUUUUUUUCCGACAACUAUUCAUGGCAGGAUUACUAAAAAGGAAAUUCAAAACUGAAUUUGUGUGUAUUUUUCUUUUUGUUUUAAUUAUAAGUUUAAAACACAUGUGGCCUUUUUAAAAUAAUUGGGUAAUUUUGGUUAGAAUAUUUACGGGAAGGGUUAUGUAUUACAAGUUUCUUUCUUUUUUAUAAUUAUCAGAAACCGAGAUUUUAGUUGAGAAA